GGGUGAGAGACAAUAAACGGGACGAGCAGAGACCUUCGGAUACUCGGCACUGCGGAUUCGUCAGUUUGCCAGUUGCACGCGGCUGCUAAUGCUGGAUCGUAAGCCGAUCGCAGAGCAAUUUGAGCGAUUAAAAGGAGGUUAGAAAUCUGGUGAUCAAGAGUAUUGUAAUUUAUUAGUCACACUUAGAAAUAGAGAUUAUUUAUUCAAUAUGAAGAUAUACGUAGUUCUAAGCGCGAUUAUGCUGACGGUCAGUUAUGCCAGUGGAGACAAAAUCAAUUGCAGCCAUUUCUAUUCCAUGCAGAAACACGACAGAAUGUAGAAACAUGACGAUACGUCUUCCGAACGAUGCUUUUUGCAAAGAUGGAUAUUGCAUGUGCCCUAAUGCAGACAACGGAGUUAGCACUUGCUUUACCGAUAUGCAUGCACCGAAUAAAACUUCAGGUCCUCUGCUCUAUAAGCAAUGCACGCACGCUCAAGAUUGCAAUUUCGAGGGUGGGCAUUGUAACACUACUAGUAGACAAUGUGCUUGCUUAAAAGAUUAUCUGCCGGCGAGCAACAAGCUUCAUUGCAUUAAAAAGAUUUUUUCGUUCGACGCCUCUUGCAAAGAUAAAAAUCAGUGUUUAGCGUUUUCGGCGAACAGCUCUUGUGAGUCUAAUAAAUGCGUUUGCGUGCCUUCUUAUCAUUACGUAGACAACGCAUGCUGGAAAAUGGCCCCAUACAAUGAGUCUUGCACAACAGAUCAAGAAUGUUCCCACAUCGAAGGUGCCAUAUGCAUAAAUAAUACGACAUGUGAUUGUGCGGCUGAAAUGGUGUUGAACGAAGACGGCAAAAAGUGUUUGAGCGCUGCAAAAGCGAUUGACGACGAAUGUACGGAAUCGGUGCAAUGCACAGCGACAUUUGAGCACUCAUUGUGUCUCGACAAGAUGUGCAAGUGCGACGAGGAUUAUCAUUACGAACAUAAUCUAUCGAGAUGCUUUCCCAACAAAGGAAUUGGCGAUGAUUGCGCAAAUAAUUACGAGUGUUAUCAGGCAGAAGAUUAUGAGAAAGAUCCUUCGAUCAAGUCUGUGAUAUGCAAAGCCAACAAAUGUACAUGCGACGAUCAUUAUAUUAGGGAAAAUGAUAAGUGCGUCAGUGCUGGCUCAAUGUCCAUGGCAUCCUUGCCAAUAAUCAUGUCUGUGAUAUCGCUGAUUUACAGCAUCUUUUUCUCGUAAAACUCUAUCAGCCGCAAAAUACAAAUUUACAGAAGGAAACCACUCGUCGUAAGUGAAUAGAAUCUCGUUAAUCCUAUAUUUUGAUGUGAUAAGAACUUAAUAAUUUAUCCUAAGUAGGAACAAACGGCGUUGUACCUAAAACAAACUUGAUCCGUAGAUUUUGUUUAUUAUAAAUUGCAAUUACUCAUAUUAUCAUGAGAAAAACUCAUGAAAUUCUCACAAAUAAUAAAAAUAUUGUACAUUAACGUGCGCUAGAUUCAACAACUGGUACCUCAAAAAAAUAAGAUAUAUAAUAGCACGAAUUUUCUGCAUAAAUGUGUUCAUGUGUGCAUGUUUGAAAGUCUCAUGCUAUAGUUCAAAAACAAGGGAAAAAAAUAAAAAAUAAUAAAUAGAUGAGAUAUUACGAGCGUCAUGUCCAGAGUGCGAUAAAAAAUUACAAUUUGUGUGUUUUGAUGGUUGUUUGUAGUAAUAUAUUUAAAAAA